UACAGGCGUGAGCCACCGCGCCCAGCAAUUGCCACUACGUUUGUUCGAGAUCUCACAAUGUCUUAUCUAGAAUAAAUCGGUCCCCUCACUGGAGGUUUUCCCUGCCUCCAAUUCUCUCCACAUCCAAUCCAUUCCUAAAGCACCUAGCACAAUCACUCUAAAAAGGCAAUUAAUUAUUCAUACCUCUUCUUAGCUUAAAAAGCGUAAGUAGUUCCCCAGUACCUGGCAUGGGGAUUCCAAGACCCUUGAUGAUCUGACUCCAGCUCUGUACCCCUCAUUUCUCACUCUUGAAAACCCUGGGGUCAAACCACUCUGGGUUUCUUUUUGACAUCAGUAUAUGCUGCACAGUGCAAACCUCUGUGACAAUGGGCACUACUCCCUUUUUUGCCUGUUUUUUCUUCCCCAACCUCUUGUCUUCUGUGCUUCCAAAGUGUUGUCAUAUCUUCCUCAUAGCAUUUAACACAUUGGAGCUUUUGAGGGGAAGAACUUUGUUUUAUCUUCAUAUAACUUUCCAGGACAUAAUAGGUGCUAAAGAAAUGUUUUUGAAUAAAUGAAUGAAUUAGUUGGUGCUAGGCUCCUUUGCUUUUGUCCUAAUUUCUGCAUUCUAAUGCACGACAGGCAAAUAGGGCUGUUUUUCUCUCUCAUUUUCAAGACCUGAAAGACUGUGGUGUAUACAGGAAUCAGUUUAAGUGUUCAAUGAUGUGGCAUUUCUUAGCCAUCUUCCCCGGGGAGUUGGUAAGCACCAGAUGCAACGCUAUCAAUGACAUUUUGGUCACAGAACCUUGUUGGCUUAACCCAUCUCUUGCUUAUUUUAAAACAUUUUCUGAAUAGAGGUAAAGAACAUAGUCUUCGGCCUCAAAUAGCCUGGGUUCCAAAGCAAGCUUUGUCACUUUCUGACUUUAGGACGUAGUUAAUUCACCUGAAAAAUGGGAACAAUAAUACAAGCCAUAGUUAUGAGAAUUCAACGAGAUAAUGCAUGUACUGCACCUGGCACAUGGAAAAACACUCAAUAAGUGGUAGUGAGUAGACUUAAUGUAUCUCCGUGCCCAGGGGUAGCGCAGUAACCAUGGGGAGCUCCUGAGAGACAAAAUGCAGCCUAAGGGGAGGAUUUGGGGCCCGGGAGGGCGAUGGCGACGGUUGGGCUGCAGUACCGACUAGGCCGCAUUCGUCUCCUCGGGCGCCUAGCCACCCCGUCCCCGCCUGGUUCCCGGGCUGCAGCCUCUUCUCCGCCCCCUCACCCUCACUUCCCCACCGGAGGUCUAAGGGAGUAAACGCGGCGGGUGGAACCUUGUGUGGGCGGAACGCGAGUGCAGCGGUGGGAGGCUUCCGGGGGAGCUGCACGGGCGACGGGUCGGCGGAGGCAGAAAAGCGCCGGACGCCGGGGUGAUCAUGGACGCUUGACAACCUGCGGGCAGGCGCCGGCAGGCCGAGCCAGCGACUAAGAGAACCGAGAGGUGGCUCGGACAGAUUUCAAGGCCAGAGAAUGGCAGGGGAACAGAAACCCUCAAGUAACCUCCUGGAGCAGUUUAUUUUACUAGCCAAAGGUACCAGUGGCUCAGCCCUCACUGCUCUCAUAAGCCAGGUCUUAGAGGCUCCUGGAGUGUAUGUCUUUGGAGAACUUCUGGAGCUGGCCAACGUGCAGGAGUGUAUCCCCUACUCCGUGUUGCUGAAAGACCUGGAAAUGCGGAAUCUUCGGGAACUAGAAGACCUCAUCAUUGAGGCUGUCUACACUGACAUCAUCCAGGGCAAGCUGGACCAGCGGAACCAGCUGCUGGAAGUGGAUUUCUGCAUUGGCCGUGACAUCCGAAAGAAGGAUAUCAAUAAUAUUGUCAAGACCCUGCAUGAAUGGUGUGAUGGCUGUGAAGCAGUUCUGCUGGGCAUCGAGCAGCAAGUUCUGAGAGCCAACCAGUACAAAGAGAACCAUAACCGAACUCAGCAGCAGGUAGAAGCAGAGAUUGCUUGUUUUCAGAGGGAAAAACGUGAAGUCCCCCUCCUGAAUCUUAUAACAACAGCUUUCUUCUGGUUACCAACAUCAAGAAAACACUCAAAGCCACCGCAUCCUCCUCGGCUCAGGAGAUGGAGCAGCAGCUGGCUGAACGGGAGUGUCCGCCUCACGCUGAGCAGAGGCAGCCCACCAAGAAGAUGUCCAAAGUGAAAGGUCUGGUCUCCAGCCGCCACUAGGGCCGGCUGGGGCAGCUGGCACUCACCAGGCCUGGGUCAGGUGGGGAGGGGACACCAAGGGCCCAUUUCCUCCCCUCUCUACCUACAGUGAGUUCCAGACCUGCCCGUCCCCUCACCAGCGCCUCCCCACCCUGUUGGUACUGUUCCAGAAAAACUGUUAACUCCCCCUCACCCACUCCCUCCUUCCCCAGUUGUUCCCUUCAGACUCAGGGGCUCCACCGAUGCCAUCCCAACAGGGUCAGACACUGCCCAGCUUCCCUCCAGGAGGUUCUUGUCUCUGUGUAAGGGCUUGUGUCCCUCCCAGUUUUUCUUUUGCUCCAUGUCAUUUUGUCAGGCUGGUUAUAAGCCCGAGGCAGCUUUAACCAGCCCCCAGGGAUGAUUGUGAAGGAGGCCCCUCCCCUUGUGAGGAGGGGGCGCUCUUCUCCAGCCCCUCGUACCACAGUCCUCAUGAUGGUGCAGCGAUCUCUAGCCAGGCGUCAAGAUGCGCUGCUUUCCCUCUCCUGCCUCAUCCCUUGUUGGCAGCUCCAGUUCAGGCCGUGGAGGGACGUGAUGCUGGGCUAUGUUUACUAAACCCACGGGUUUUCAGCCUCUUAAGCCCAGCUCCGAUCUCCAAUUAGUUGGGAGCGCUGGGUUGACUAACCUCUGGUAUCUGAGCACAGACAGAGGGUGCUGUGGGUCUGCUGGGUGGCAGAAAUGGUUCCUUCCAGCGUGGCGUUCUCUUCUGGCCGCUCCUCCUGCUGCCUCUGACUACUCAGCCUUGUUUUCAGUGUGUGGGCCCCAGCUGCCCACUGGAACUGCCGGCUAAUGCUUGCUCUCCUGAGAUCUUUAACUCCUCCUGGCUUCACCUGGGUAGGGAUGGUGGCACCGAUGCCCCUCUGUCUGCUGAAGGACCUGUUGCUGCUUCUGUCUUUUCACCCCUCCUUGGCUGAUGACCCAGAGCCCUCUGAUGAUGGCAUUCUCCUGGCAAGAGAAAAGGACUUAACUAGACUUCUGAACUUGAACAGUUUCAGGUUAUAUUUUAAUUUUUUUUUUGUACAGGUUCUGAUUCUAAUACAUUUCAACAUGGUUUUGUCCCUCCUCGUGUCAAUAUUUGUUAUAGACUAAUCGCCGGGGAUUUUUCACAUGGUUGGAGGGUGGCACGUGCGUGCGUGCGUGUGUGUGUGUGUGUGUGUGUGUGUGUGUGUAAGGGGAGGUGGAGAUCCUGGACUGAUAUUAAAGUUCAUUGAGGAAAAAGCACAUUUUACAACAAAAAAAUAAAGUGUAGAUUUAAUGUAUGUGACUGGGGUUUGGGGUGCAUAAGAUCUUGAAGGGCUGGGAUUAGGGUGGUUCAGGAAAAUGUGAUACUGUUUCCCCAUGUUUAGCCAUGGUCAAACAAUGGAUUUCUCCUUUUUCUAAAAUGCCCAGCAACUGCCUACUGUUGAUCAAAUGUUGAAGUAUUCUUGUUUCCUUUUUAAGCCAAUCCAUGUGCCCAUAUAACAUGCCCAAGUGGAGAGUUCACUUUAAUUUCCAAAAUAUGUUUCAUGAAACCCCCUGUCAGAUACUCUGUGGAAAAGGGGUUCUGUUAUGAAAUAAAUGUGGCACUUCCUGCA